AUUUAAACAUAGCCGCAUUGCGCCGGCGCACAGUCAGUUUCUAACGCUACAAUGUUAAGGACGGUCGCCAUCUUAGCCUUCGCAGCCUCAUGCUUUGCUCUUCCCGCCCAAGACUCGGGACACUCAGACAACGAAAUAGACGGAUUGGGCGACUGUCUUAAAAAAGAUUCGACAUUAUGUCUGAAAUACAAAUUCUUUUCAUUCGUAGACAAAAUGAUCGGACAAAAAGAAUCGUUCUCAUUAACGGAUGGAGUCACAGUGGUGAGAGCUAGUGAUGUGCCGCCAGAGACCGGAGCCCCAAGAGCUUUAGAUCCCGUUUCGAAAAUGAAGAAAUACUUAGAAACCCAUUCAUUGAGGGUUGAAGUUAAGGGUUCAGAUGUGAUAGAUACGGUAUCAAGUGUGGGUCGUGCCUUGGAAGACACAGUGUCAUCAUUCACCGAAGAUGAUAAUGAAUUAUCAGAAGAAAGCAGAGGAAAAAAGAAAAAAGCCGCCAAAAUUCUGGGACCUAUUAUAGCUGCGGUCAUGUUAAAAAUGAUGGCUCUACUACCCUUAGCCAUCGGCGCUAUAGCUUUAAUAGCAGGAAAGGCGUUACUAAUCGGUAAACUAGCGUUAGUACUGUCAGCGAUAAUAGGUUUGAAGAAACUUCUAUCACAACAGAAGCAUGUCACAUAUGAAGUGGUGGCGCAUCCGCAUCACUCGACCAGUCAUACGUCAAGUCAUGAUUAUGCAGGUGCUAGCGGAUACGGUGGAGACAGUGGAGGCUACAGCGGCGGAAGCGGACAUAGCGGUGGUUGGGGACGAUCAGUAGACGCUCAGAGCUUAGCCUACUCAGCGCAAAAGCAAUAACUUUCCGCGACCCAGUUAGCUGGCCUCUUUUGCGGAAUUUCUCCGUCCAACUAUUUAUUCACUUUGUGUACGAAUGUGAUGUGUCCGUCUGAAGUCUGACUGAAGAAUAGAUUAUUUAUUUUGAGUAAACCUUAUAGGUGUUUUGUAACUAUUUAUAUAUAGUAUGUAUUUUAUUUGCAAAGAUAUAAAUAAGAUAGAUAUAGCUCAAUAUAUAUGGUUUAAUGUACCUGGCUUUAAUAUUAUAUAAGUAGUUGUAUUCCUAUUUAAGUUUUGUUGCCGUCGGUUAUUCUAUGGAUACAUUUCUCUGCUCAAUUUCAGUAUUCUUCCUUAAGUUAUAUUCCUUGUAAGGUUAUUAUAUUUUUAUUUAUCAUAAGUUAUUCUGCUUUAUAAUUUUAUGAAAA